CGUUCCCGCAUGCUCCUGUUGUUUCAUCUACGACACUUUCCACUGUUCCACGUCACAGCCGUAAACUUCAUCAACGACUCUUCCUCAAAUCGAAUUUUUAGGGGAUGAUACGACACUGAAAACAAAACAUUAUUCCCACGAAAAUACCUCACUCAACAACUAGAAUUCCCAACGGCCACGGUACCAGUGAGAAGACGACGAUGACGACGACAGAAACAACCACCUCACAGGGUUUACGAGCUCACCUUCGCCAGUUACUACCUAGAAGCGCAUUAUUCCACGUUCACGUUCAAAUACAUCAGAUUUCAAGUGUUCCGCUCGUACACGGCCAGUUUGGAGUUCGCUGGAAGUUCAGACAUGUUAAAUCGAGCACUGGAGCUUCAGUCAACGUGGACAAGUUGGAUCAAGGAAAAGCAGGGCUGGUCUCUGGAACUGCUUCGUUGAAGAAAGCUUCGAAGGGAAAGGGGAAGUCUGUUGUCUCAGUAGAAGAGGACGGGGGCCUUGUGAGUGGAAAAGCUAGGUUGGCGUCAUCGUUUGUAUCGGAUCAUGAUUAUGGAACCAACGGAAUACCCUCCGUCGUCGUCUCUUCCACUGGCAGUAUGGAUAGCAGGAAUACCAGCAGUGUCAGCUUCACCCCACCACCACCUCUUCUUAUGUUACCCCGGAGUGUCUCUGGAUCGAGCGCUGCCAGUUCACUAUCUUAUCCAUCCUCAUCUUCAACUGGCAGCCAGGAUACGAAUGAUAACCUCGAGAGCCAUGAUCAAACACCUACACGUUCCACAUCCUCCUCCUCCUCCUCCUCGCCAGCACCGACACCGACGUAUUCACCAGCUAGAGGUAUUACGGCCUACUAUAAGCUUACGGAACAUGCUGUUACAUGGGAACAUUCUCUGGAUGUUAUAGUCAAACUCGACAUCGACAGGGAGACGUCUGAAUUACAAUCAAACGUGCUCAAACUUGUCGUUAUGCAAAGAGUCAUACCAGGCGACCCCGAUGCUCCUCAGAAUCCUCGCCUUGGAGCCGUUUAUCUUGAUCUCGCUCAGUAUGCUGGUGUAGGAGAAGCGGUGACGAGAAGGUAUUUGUUGAGGAAGAGUAAGACGAAUGCGACGCUCAAAUUGACAACUGAAGUUACCUUCAUAUCCGGCCAUUCUGAUUACAUUGCGCCCCCUCUUCCCAAAGGCGAGAUCAUGAAUGGAGUAGCGGGGUUAUUGGAUAGUGAUGUCUAUCGGACACGUCCACGAGCUUUGGAACUUUGGGGCCCAUACUAUAAUAAGGAGGAGUUGGAGAUGGAUCUACUCGGGGGUGCGAGCAUACCCGAUCCCAAUCACCCGCAUUCGAAACAUAGACAUCGAAACCGGUCUAGGUCUCGGAUGAGGGAUGGGGAGGCUCACCAACGCCAGCACCCACACCACCAUCAUCACCACGGACAGGGAGAAGGCUCACCGGGUGAUAGCGAAGACGACGUGUAUCACGAUGCGUCGGGCACAUCAGGUUCGGACACGGACGAAGAUGAAGGUCGGUAUGAAGUGCCGUUUGAGGUGUCGAGGUUACCGUUGGCGUAUGGACCGAAGACCACGGAGAUUUUGAUCGAGGCGUUGUUUAAUCCGGUGAAGGUUGUCAAACCAGUUGAGCAGAUUGAUAAGGAGAGGGAAAGUCCGUUUGAGUUGUUUGUUGAUGCAGAGAAGGAGAAAGUGAGGAGGGAGAAGCGAAGACAGGAGAGGGAGAAGGAGAAAGCUGAACAAGUUGGUGGUUUGGGCCUUGAUAGAGACAGGGACAGGACCAUAGGCAGACGGAGCGGUUAUGGUACUGGUUCAGGUACAGCAGGAGAAGUUUCGUCGGUUUACAGUAUGGAGGAUGGCACGAGUAGUCUUGGCCAUAAUAGUGCUGGAGAACACUCGCUGAAGGGGUCUGGUUCUACGGGCUCGACUGAUGAGAACGGUGAAGGGAGAGGGGGGCUUGCUAGAGCGUGGUGGUCGAGAAAGAAGAAUGGGAUUAUGUCCACACCUUUGUUACACUCUCGACCGACUACGCCCGCAAUGGUUGCUGCCAGUGCGAGGUAAAAGAAGUGCAUGUGCUAGAGGUAUGCGGUUGUGUCUGCUUCAUUUACGUUUAUGUGGCUUUCUUCGUAUGGCUUUCGUCGCUUUUUAUCGGAUCUAUUUAUUCUUCGUAUGCUAGUAGUAUAUCAACUUUUCUAUAGCAGUAUGUAAUUAGUUUACUGUAGACACAUCAUCCGUCGGUAAAUAAUAGAACUGGUCCCAUG